AUGGAAGACAAAGUGAUGUUGAAUCAAGUUUCCCCAGAGGGAGAUGGAGGGAAGGGAGGUAGAGAGAGGGUACAAUCUGAGGAGGAUAUGUCCUUGCGAACUGGUAAGAAACCAAAAGGGGAUUUGGGUGUUAUGGGUGAGGAUCUGGUCAUGGAUGCUCCGAUGAUCGAGAAGGGUGUGGAGAGAGAGAAUCUAGAUCCUAAUCCCCCCAUGCAGGCUGAGAAGAAGGGGUCAGAAUCUACUGGUAGCUUACGAACCAACCUGGUGUCGUAUAAGGACAAACUACUGAAGCUUAAUAGUGGUGAUGCCUCGGAUAGUGAGGAAGAAGACUGGCUGACUAGGCAACAAAGGGAGGAUGACGAGGAGGACCUCAUGGAUGAGAGUUCUCAUAUUACUAGGGAGGACCCCCUCUGUCCAACUUAUCACAUAUCAGGGGCUCAGCACUUGGAGGACUGUAAGCAGUGGCGAAAGGCUUUAAUCAUCAAAUUGCUAGGAAAGAGGAUUGUUCCUCGCUUUCUGAUGGCUAGACUUCAAAGGCUAUGGAACUUGGUGAGUCCAUAUGAGCUAAUUGAUUUAGACAAUGGUUUUCUGUUUCUGCGGUUCCAGAACGACAAUGAUUACCGUCAUGUCCUGGAAGAAGGACCGUGGAUCGUGAAUGAUCACUAUGUUGUGGUCCAAAGAUGGAGGUCAUUCUUUGACCCAUAUGAUGAUCAAGUUAAGAAGAUGGCAUUUUGGGUCAGGAUUCCUGGGUUACCCAUUGAGCUCUAUACUGCACGCCACCUAUGGAGGAUUGGCAGCAUUUUUGGGAGGACUCUGAAGGUUAAUAGAAACUCUCUUCGUAAGAGUGACUCUGGUUUGGAGGUCAUCACUGAGAGAGCUCGGUUUUCCCGCAUAUGUGUGGAGGUGGAUUUGAGAAAGAGUUUUUUGUCACAAUUUAAUAUAGGUGAGAAAGUUUAUCAGGUAGGAUACGAAGGCUUACAUUUGAUUUGUUUCAAAUGUGGAGUCUAUGGUCAUAAAAAAGAGUUAUGUUCUGAUACUGCUACUCAGGAGAUUCAAAAAUCUGUUGAAGAGGCCCCCCCUACGAAAUCAGAUCAUAAUAGUUCAGACAAAGCUGAGGUCGAAGUAAAGCAAAAGGAAGCUUUUGGAGAAUGGAUAGUGGUCCAAAGGCAGCCCAGGGGGAGGAAGUUGAAGGUUGUCCCUUCAAAAAUGAAGACUGAAGAUGUGAGGGAAAGUACAUCAGGGGUCAAGAAGGUGUCUGUUGUGGAGAAGGUGCAAGAGGAUGCUGUGAAUGCUGGUGUUCCUAUGGAAGCUGUUCAGACCAUCAUUCAGGGUCCUGAGGUAGUGGCUAUGGAAUUAGGGGAGGAUGAGCAGCAUAUCAGUAAUGAUCAGAUUCCCUUGGGGGAUAGGAAUCACCUUGACCAGGGCACUUUGAGGAAGCCAGGAGUAGCUAAUAGCAAGAUCAGAGGCAUCCCUGCUAAAGGUGUUAAGGAGAAGGGAAGGGAUCCAACUAGCCCUUUGCAAAAUAAAGGUGGUACUGAAAAUAAACCUCUUAAUUCUGCUUCUAGUAGACUGAAAGAGAAAGGGAAACCCAGCUUGGACCUGAAAGUUAAACUGGAAGGGCUGUCUAACCAGGUCGUGAAGGGAAGGGGUCCAACUAGCCCUAUGCAAAAGAACCAAUUUGAGCAGAAUAUUGAGGUACCCUCUCCCAAGGGAGUUGGUAAAAAGGGUUUUACCACUCUCAUUAGAGAUUUAAAAUUUCGGUUUAAGUUUGAUAUCUUAGCUCUUUUGGAAACUAGAACUUCUGGUUCUAAGGGUGAUAACAUUAUCAAGCAGUUGGGAUUCCCUAACUACUUUAAGCAGGAGGCUGAUGGGUAUUCUGGUGGGAUCUGGAUCCUUUGGGAUAAUAAGGUGGUUGAUCUUGAGAUCAUCUCAACCCACCACCAAUUUGUUCACACUAAGGUAGUGCAUUUGUUGUCUAUGAAGAUUGAACUCAUUACAUUUGUUUAUGGGAGCCCUAGGAGGAUUAAGAGGAGGAUUCUUUGGGCUGAGCUAGACAUCAUUAGUCAAUCAAUUCAGGGGGCAUGGCUCUUGAUUGGUGACUUUAAUUCUGUUUUGCAUGCUUCGGAGAAGAUUGGUGGCAGGGGGCCUAUACUGGUGGCUCAGAGUGGUCCCCCUAGACCUGGUGAUCAUACCAUAACCUUCAAGUUCAUGGCUGCUUGGCUAACUGAUCAAGACUUUGGUAGAUUGGUCAGGAACAGUUGGGGUAAUAAUAUUUGUUGGAACCAGGCAAGGAGCAAGUUUGAUAGGGAAGCCAAAGAGUGGCACCAGAAUGUUUUUAGGAGGAAUUUCCAUCAGAAAAAUAAGAUUUAUGCUAGACUGAGGGGUCUUGACAGUUACAGAAAUGGGAGCUUUGACCAUAAUUUGGAGAUUUUGCAAAAAACUUAUGGAAGGAGCUUCAAGGCAUUCUUCUUUCGGAGGAAAUAA